CACUUUUUGGCGCAUCAAGACCCAACUUCAGCCACGGUACUGUGGUACUCUCAUCAGCUAGACCAGCUUGGUUAACUUGGUCUGCUGACUUCUGCUCUUCCACCCCAGAAGCAGGGGUCUUCGGGCAGCAAUAAUUCAGCAGAAAAGGCGAGCCAUCGGUACUUUGAAGUGGACCAGAGGAUAUGCUAGCUUCAGUAGUGGCAAACAUGUUGGUCCUUGUUAUUCUUCGAGAUGAUAUACUUGUCAUCAUUACUCAGUAGUGACCGGCUUCAACAAACUUCAGUUUCCUGUCCAGCUCACUCCCUAUCAGGUUAGCACCUGCUCUAGAUAGCAGCGUUAUACAUUUCUAUCAGGUACAGUCCUGAAACCUCAUGCAGGUGUUGUGCGCCUAUCAUCCGGGGAGCUACUGCUCACAAUUAUAAUUUGUCUUUGUCGAGGUAAGUCUUUACUACUCCUUAAGACCCUAACGUAGGCGUCCACACUCAUGCUUAAGUCGUGCAAUUAUGAAUUAGUAAGCAUAUUUAAUACUAGAAUAGUUACUCUAGCCCUGUUCAAAAACCUGAGACUUAAAUCACAAUGCAGUGAGUUAUAUUCAACUUAUUGCUCGACCUGCCAUCCUAUCGCUUUGCAAAUUCGUGAGCGACCCGUCGUUGCAAUCCAAAUGUCGCCAUGUUCCUUCCAGGAUAACAUGACGUGCUCCACCUCGUAGACGGACCUGUGCCACUACUCAUCGUCAGCACGCCAUGACAGCCGCAGCAACAAGGUCACCUCCUCUCGGAACGGUGGCCGGUUCCUCGCCUCCCGCCACAGGAAAAUAUCACUCUCAGAUUUCUUCAUCUAUGGGUCGGCGCAAUCCAAGAGUGACACACACCAGCAAUGAAUGGCUCUGGUAUUGACCAAGAUGAGAACAUGGAACAUUGAGACGUAUGUCAACCCAAUGAAUUGGAUAUUGAAGAAUGGCUGGAUAUAGAUGAACCAGCUGAUAUUUAUGUUCUUAGCUGUUUACGUGCAUCUGUUCGAUCUAUGGCUUCUCGGCGCUCUCCCAGGGAAGAAUGUGCGCCUUCAAAGGAAGGUGAACUUAAGAGUAAAAGCAGCUAAUGAGUUAUAGUUUAACAAGGAUGGCUCAGCUAUCAAGAAGCUCCAGACUGGAGUCAAUAAGCUUGUUACUGCUACUUCCUAACUGGUGCAUAGAUAAUUUAACGCCGCUUGUGCGGCAAUCUCCAUCUAUAUGUGACCUGCAAAAGAUAAAUCCUUAAAUAGUAGGUCAAUUGCGAAGCUUUGUUAGUGAUGAUCCGAUGAUCAAGAACCGAAGCACCUUCAAGAUUGGAACUGCAGAGUGGUCGGGUUCUCAGAUGUCAAUCCCUGUUUUGUUCCCAUGCUUGAAAUUGAUGGUCUUCAUUUUGUUGGUUGUGACAAAAGUCAAAACCGGAUGGAGAUCCCUUCUAUUUAGGUGUUUAGUUGUGGAGCAGAUUGCGGGUUUUGAAUUUCUUUUCCAAAUGUCGUCUUCACGCCCACCGCGGAGGGGUGGUGACCGAAGAGAUAGUGGCAAAGGCGUCCCUUGUGGGCUCUGCUCCUAUCUCGCGGAUUGGGCUGACAUGUUACUAAGGAUGUAUGUAAGAUGGGGAGAGAAGCAGCGUUAUAAGACACGAGUAGUUGAGAAAUCACCUGGUGAACAGGCCGGUAUAAAAUCAGCAACUGUUGAACUAGAGGGGAGAUAUGCUUAUGGCUAUCUCUCUGGCGAGAAAGGGACACACAGGAUUGUUCGUCAAUCACCAUUUAAUGCUAAAGGGCUUCGGCAGACAAGCUUUGCUGGUGUUGAGGUUAUGCCUCUUCUACCAGAGGAAUCCAUGGCUGUGGACAUACCUGAAGAGGACCUGGAGAUAAGCUUCACAAGAGCUGGAGGUAAAGGAGGCCAGAACGUGAACAAGGUGGAAACGGCUGUUCGCAUGGUUCAUAUUCCAACUGGAAUUGCAGUUCGCUGCUCAGAGGAGAGGAGCCAGCUGGCCAACAAAAUAAAGGCCCUCAGCCGGCUCAAAGCGAAGCUGCUGGUGAUCGCCCUGGAGCAGCGUGCAUCAGAAAUCAAGCAGAUCCGUGGAGACAUUGUGAAGGCAGAGUGGGGGCAGCAGAUACGCAACUACGUCUUCCACCCCUACAAGCUCGUCAAGGAUGUCAGGACAGGGUGUGAGACGUCGGACAUCACUGGCGUAAUGGAUGGAGAGCUAGAUCCCUUUAUCAGAGCAUACCUUAAGUACAAGCUAACUGCGGCAGCUACCAGCUGAUUUUUGUUGAGGAGCAUAGCGAUGAGUGAUACCUACAUCCAUUGUAUUAUGUUGUAGUAUGAGGUUUUCAUCUCUCUCUUGAUUUAGUAUAAUUUCAUAGCACUAGCAAUCUAGCAUUGUAUUUAUUGAUCUAGGAAUCGAAGUGGAAACAUGGCAAUGUUCUGUCAUUCUCA